UUUGGUUCUGAUGGAUGUCUCCACUGGUGAGCGAGGUGAGUGUGUUGCAGCCUGUGGACCAAUCAGGAGGCUGCCUGCUGCCUCGAGAGGACAACAGUUGAGUGGGAGAUGGCGCCCAGCUCCAAAUCAGAGAAGGACGACAGCAAACAGAAAGCUCAAAGGAAACACAAAGACCAUGUCGUGAAGCUGCUGCUGCGUGGGAAGCUGUCGGGACAGUUUUCUCAGCGGCUGUUCAGGAAGCUGCCACCUCGAGUGUGUGUCCCAUUGAAGAACAUUGUCAGCGAGGAAUUCCUGAGAGCAGGGUCAGUUCGUCAUGUCUUUCUCGGCUUCACCAAAUGCGGCCGCUACGUUCUGUCCUACACCAGCGACUGUGGAGAAGAUGAUGAUUUCUCUUUCUAUACCUACCAUCUCUAUUGGUGGGAGUUCAACCUGCACAGUAGACUCAAACAGGUCCAUCAUGUUCGUCUGUUUGCAGGAGAGGAAAUCUACAGUGACCUGUACCUGACUGUGUGUGAGUGGCCAAAUGACCACUCCAAAAUUGUCAUCUUUGGCUUCAAUACACGCAGUUCAAGUUCCGUUCUGAUGAACUUAAUGAUGAGUGAUGAAAACAACAGAGACAUCUACAUCACUAUUGCCUCCAUGCCUCCUCCUAAACCUUGCUCUUUUUGCUGCCCAGUUCCCUCAGCCACUACCAUACGCACAGGGAGUGGCGAGUGUCUGGAGCAUGGCUAUGUGCUCAACAGCAGGUACCAGGUGGUGUACCCGUUCCCCACUUUCCAGCCAGCGUUCCAGCUGAAGAAGGACCAGGUCAUCCUGCUAAACACCAGCUAUUCUCUGGUGGCCUGCGGCAUCUCACUCUGCCCAGGUAAGCAGGGUCAGUCAUCGCAGAUCCUUUACACAAAGAGAGCAGCUCUGUCAAGUCAACCCGCCGCAUCUUGUCCCUCCACCUCCUCGGCCUCUUCUUCCUCACUACCUCAGGGAUCUCCCGAAAGCCGACUGCCACCUAGCAAACCCGCUCCAAUUCCCUCAUCUCCUAGCCAGUCACAAGCAGCCGUGCGAGCCCGGGAGUUUGCAGCUGACCUCUUCAGACGGGCCCAGGGAGGAGGAGGAGGAGGGAAAGAAAACGAAGUCCAGGCAGAAAGGAGACCAGCUGAUGGUGGUGAAAAAGAGGCAGCACAGAUACCAGGAGACAAAGGGAUAAAUGUAGAGAGGAGGAGAGAGGAGGAGGAUUGUAGAGAGAGGAGGGAGGAGGAGAGACGGACUAGUUUACCACAAGCGUCCACAUCAGGCGGGAGCCACAGUUUGCCACAGCACUCUGAACCAGUGAUGUCUCCUGCCUCCUCUUCGUCAUCCCCUUCAUCCCCUCCGACCCCAUCCUCAUCCCAGGAGGUCGGCCCCAGCGAGCCUGGAUAUGUCAACUAUUCAUGUCUGCACUACCGCCUCCAACAGCCAGGGGCAGCAGAGCAGAAUACAGGAGCUGCAGGAGGUUAUGAAGACGAUAAAGUUCAGCUACCUUUCACAGUCACUGACCUUAAAGGAAGGAGCCUGCAGCUGGUCACCGGGCCACACAAUGGACAGAGUGUGUGUGUGGAGCAGUUAACUCUAGACUUUGAGUAUCUUAUCAAUGAGGUGAUCAGAAGCGAUGCUGCCUGGGCUCCUCAAUUCUGCUCCUUCAGCGACUACGAUGUUGUGAUAUUAGAGGUGUGUCCUGAAACCAACACUGUGAUGAUCAACAUUGGUCUGCUGUUACUGGCCUUCUCCAACUCGGACGAGGAGCACUGCAGGCCAAACACAUAUCAUUCCAACCUGCAGGUCAGCUGGGACCUAAACACAGGUGUGUGUUGCACCGUGGGUGUAGGUGACCUUACAGAGGUCAAGGGUCAGACCAGUGGGAGCGUGUGGAGUUCUUACAGGAAGUCCUGUGUGAACACAGUGAUGAAGUGGUUGGUUCCCGAGAGCAGCUCCCGCUACAUUAAUCGCAUGACCAACGAAGCUCUACACAAAGGCUCAUCCCUGCAAGUGUUGGCUGAUAGUGACCGAUGUACCUGGAUCGUAUUAUGAAGAAAGAAGAAGUGUCAAAGCAACAGAAACAAAAGCACACGCAGAUAACACGUCGACACGGCCUCAUCGUCAGUACGGAGCUCGACCUUAAAUCGGAGCAUAACUGCAAACGUUCAGCGACUGCGCUUUGGUAACAUGUAGUUCAAAACGUGUCAAAUUGAAACCGAACAAAGAGCGCUCUGGAUGCUGUAAAGAUGAAGUUUUUUUUGGGUGGUCUGUGUUUAAUUUUACAGGUUUCAUCAUCUUUUUUUUCCGUUAUUGUAUAUUGUAUUAUUGCAACCACCAAAAACAAGAGCUGGACUGAACGAAGAUAUAGUUUUUACUUUUUCUGUUUUUAUACAGAAAGACGUACCGUUAUUGUAGUGUGAAUGUUUCUGAUGUGUGUGUCUGUAACUGAGCGUAUGCAAUAUCUGCACCUGUGUGAUGUUCACAAGGGGAUUUUAUCCAGAGAAUGACUGUGUGUAUGUAUGUGUACGCAUGUUUAAUGUGUAUGUAACAUUUGACAGAUUCUGCUGCUUUUGAACAAGUUGUUUCCUCACCCGGACCAGUUCAGAGUCUGGCUGUGUUGAUUCAUAAGGCUGCAGUAUUUAAAAUGAACCCAGUAAGAUCUUUUGUAAACCUCUGUCAUGGAAGUAGAGGGUUGUUGGGGGUGAUCAGCUGCUCAGUUGGUUGACAUGCUGUAUGUUUACUGGCAUGGAAGUUCUAUUAUUUUUGUGAAAAUAAAACAUUGAAAGGUU